AUGGGGUCGGGCAGCAAUGUCGGAAUCUACCAAAACACAAACAGCACAACGAUCUUCAACGAGUUUGUUUUACGUGGUUUUCCUGGACUCCCUAAUGAAUAUUAUGGACUGGUAGGAGCAUUGUUUUUCAUCUUAUACCUUGUUCUUGCAACUGGGAAUAUUUUCAUCAUUAUCAUUGUGGUGUGCGAGAAAAGCCUUCAGAAACCAACCUACCUUAUUUUCUGUAACCUUGCAAUGGCAGAUCUUGCACUUGGAACAACAACCUACCCAAGAAUUAUUGCUAUGUUCUGGAUGUCUGACAAAAUAAUAUCUUUCAAUGCCUGCUUCACGCAGAUGUAUUUUGUCCAUUUUCUGGGGGCUACAAAUUCAUUUCUCUUGGCACUGAUGGCUCUUGAUCGAUUCAUAGCUAUUUGCAAUCCUCUCAGAUAUCAUACCUUGAUUAAAAAUUCAACUAUUGCCAUUAUUUGUGCAUGUGUUUGGAUAGCAAACAUGCUGCAGUUAUUUGGAGUCACUCUCUUGGCCCUCAGUGUGAUAUACUGUGGGUCAAAUGUCAUGCCUCAUUGCUACUGUGAUCAUGUCGCUUUAAGCAAACUGGCAUGUGGAGAAGUUACUACCAUGAAAGUCACAACGGCAGCCAUAGCCAUGUUUGUGCUGUGGGGCCCUUUAUGUUUCAUCAUAUUUUCUUAUGUUGCUAUCAUCAUUUCUGUCUUCAAAAUGUCCAAUUUUGAGGGGCGUUAUAAAAUGUUCUCCACAUGCACCCCACAGUUACUAAUCAUAUGUCUUUAUUAUCUACCCAGAACUUUUGUUUAUUUGACACAUUCGUCUGGUUAUGAGUUUAGUACUGAUAUCCGCAUUGUGGUUUCCAUGAUGUACAGUCUUGUCCCUGCUGUUAUCAACCCAUUUAUAUAUUGCUUCAAGACUAAAGAGAUCAAAGAGGCAAUAACUAAAAAAAUUAAGAAAAAACAAGUAGGAGGUAAUAGAAUGGUCACUCUUGGUUAA